CCCGAAUCACCCUGGCUAUUCCAUCACAGCCAAUUCCUUUCCAAGCUGCUUUCGAGGCUAUCAGCACCCCGCGGGAACCCUCCAAAAUUUUCUUCAGACUUCAAUCAUUCAGGAUGGCCGGCGCUGGGGGCACAAAACGCACGGCGUCCCCCACUCGAGCUAUAUCGCCGCCCCCACUUAAGAGAAAGAUCGAGUCUACUGUCACUAAAAAGGCCGUAUCCUCCUUCUUUACUCCGGUAUCCCAAAAGAAGCCCGAACAGAUCACCUGGCGGGUUAUCAACAACAGUGCUGUCAUUGGCAAAUAUAUCUCGGAACCGGGCCAUAAACAAAGAACAGAGAAGCCCAGGAUUGCUGCAUUUGACCUGGAUUCGACGCUCGUCUCGACAGCCUCAGGAAAUACAUUCCCUAGGAACUCAUCGGACUGGAAGUGGUGGCAUGCUACGGUACCAUCGAAGCUCAAAGAGUUGAAUGAGAAUGGGUACUACGUGGUGGUCGUGACGAAUCAGAAGAAGAUCAGUCUCAAAAAGGAUCUCAAAGGGGGCCAAAGUGACUCCAAAAGUCUCACCAAUUUCAAGGAGAGAGUGAUGGCCGUCAUGAUGCAACUUGACAUCCCGCUGAGUGUCUACGCGGCUACAGAAGAUGAUGGAUACAGGAAACCGAGGACAGGCCUUUGGAAUGAGAUGCUGGAUGACUACGACUUUGAUGUGGCAGGAGUCAAUCUACCCGGGUCCAUUUUUGUUGGGGACGCUGCUGGACGGCCGAACGACCAUUCCCAUGUAGACCGUGGAUUUUCUAUUAACAUAAAAGUACCAUUCAAGACACCCGAAGAAUUUUUCCUCAACGCUGAACCAGAGCCAACCGUGGAACCGUUCGACCCGAGUAUGUACCUGCAAGCAGAGUCCAGCGACGAUGUGACUCCGCCUUUCUCUCGCCAGAGCCCUCUUGAGCUGGUGGUGUUCAGCGGCAGCCCUGGAGCCGGCAAGUCAUCGUUUUACUGGGACUACCUGGAACCACUUAAAUACGAGCGAGUCAACCAAGACCUUCUCAAGACGCGUCCUAAAUGCAUCAAAGUGGCCAAGGAACACCUUGCAGCUGGAAGAUCCGUGGUUGUCGACAAUACAAACGCGGACCCCGAAACCAGAGCCCACUGGGUCGAAGUCGCAAAGGAGUUUCACGUCCCGAUCCGCUGUAUCUACUUUACUGCUUCCCCGGCCCUAUGCCGGCAUAAUAAUGCGGUCCGUGCCGCAAACCAAACCCUGAACCCUGAGUCCCGAACGCUCCUUCCUGGAAUCGCCUUUGGGGAUUUCCUGCGUCGAUUCAAGGAGCCCUCAAUAGACGAAGGCUUCAAGGAUAUUAUCCGGGUAGAAUUCCAGUUCCGCGGGGACCAAGAAGCCAAGCGGCUGUGGGGACAGUACUGGGUGUGAGAUUGGGGAGGAAGGUGCGAAGGGGGGGCAAGGUUCGCACGAGUCAUGAUAGGGACUACUUGCUUGCUGCCUAAGUAGUCAACUAUGGGUUCAGAUGCAGAGGCGGGCCGGCUGGCUGGCUGACGCAGAGAUGGAUCUGCUACAGUUGGGGAUGCGCGGUCCGGAUUACUCAAUUCGUUGAAUAGAUGAUACCAAAGAUGGAACUUUCCCACGCAUGCAUCAGGCAACUUGUCUGACCUGACCCUUGGGAUGGGUAACUGGAGUUGAGCACAAAAGUACACUGCAUAUGCAUGUGGGCAGCAAGGGUGGUAACCAUAAUUAUUCUUGGAGUUGCUGGAUGAGGUAGUUAGGUACGUAGGUGGGUCUAAUCUCUAUCUAUAUACACAUGU